AUGAGCAGCAACAGCAGCAGCAACAACAACAACGGAGGCGCCGGCGCCGGCGCCAGCGGCAGCGGCAACGGCAGCGGCAGCGGCAGCGGCAACGGCAGCAACGGCAGCAACAAGAGCAGCAGCAGGCGAGGGAAAUUGCGGGCGCACUGGCGUCAAGAAACGGCUCGCGCGGACGUGACCACCGCCGAGGCCAGGGGUCCACGCGGGCCUCUGGCAGCGGCGUCGGUACCACUGCGCCGACCUGCAACAUUCCCACAGGCCCACGACAAGGGUCGAAUCAAUAUGCCGGCUCAGGACAACGCAAAUGUGGCAACUGCGGUCGCCCUGGACACACCGUCGUCCAUCUGUGUUCAUCCCUGGGCGGACGGCUUUGUCCACGGCUGCCCAGUCUGCAACUCCCCGGACCAUUGGAACGCUGUCGACUGCAGCUUGAUUUGGUCCUCCAAGCUGGGGAAGAACUUUUCGAUGGCCAUCACGAAGCGCGCUAACCGGCCUCCUCCUCUGGCCUUCAAAGAACUGGGCCAUCAUCCUGCAUUCGAGCAAGGAAUACAGCCCGCGGUCUCGCUGCCUUGGACUCCAUACAUGGCGCAGAGGCUUGCCGCUGAGGGAAGGAACAUGCCAUGGAUCGACUUCAACUACCAAAUGAACAAUUACCGAGUCUUGUCCACCGACCCCAUCUCGACGGCACAUGGCGGGACAGCCGAUGGUCGCGCGACACUGGGCCGGGUCUUGGAAGAUGCCCAGGUGAUGACGACUGGCGGUCCUUGGGACGGCACCACGGCUCUACCGCCGGUGCCCCCAUUGCCCAUCAAGCAGGAGUAA